AUGGGAGUCCAUACACCCGAAACCGAGAAGCAAUCGAAAUUUGACCCCGAGAUGUUGGCAAUGGAUCAAGAGUCCUUGUCCAUUGAGGGCCAGGUCCUAGGUAGGACCCAAACCAAAACGCAGCGAGGCAUCAAGUCAAGACAUGCUCAGAUGAUGGCCAUCGGUGGUGCCAUUGGUACGAGUCUCUUCGUCGGCACAGGGAAAGCCCUAGCUCUCGCAGGCCCAGCGCUUCUUUUGAUUGCCUACAUCACGAUCUGUGUCCUCGUCUACGGAGUGCUCACUGCAACCUGUGAGAUGAAUACUUUCCUACCGGUCUCCGGUGCCUCGCCAGCCUAUUAUGCAUCUCGAUUUGUCUCACCGAGCCUAGGCUUUGCCAUGGGAUGGCUAUACUGGUACUCGUUUGGAAUCAUCGUUGCCUACGAGAUCACGGCCGCGGCCAUUGUCAUCGACUAUUGGCCCAACUCGAUUCCCAUCGCCGCCCUCAUUACAAUCAUGCUGGUGCUUAUCUUGGCCCUCAACUUUGCCCCCGUGAAAGUUUACGGCGAGACCGAAUUCUGGUUCGCAUCCUUGAAAGUGCUGAUGAUCGUCGGUCUACUCAUUCUGUCCUUUAUUCUCUUCUGGGGUGGUGGACCGAACAAACAAAGACUUGGAUUUCACUAUUGGAAGGACCCUGGGGCAAUGAAGCCCUACCUCGUCGAAGGGGACACAGGGCGCUUUUGUGCUUUCCUUUAUGUGUUGUGCUAUUCGGUCUUCUCUUUCAAUUUCACGCCGGAAUUGAUCGUGAUCGCAUCUGGCGAGAUGAAAAGUCCGCGAAAAAACAUUCCUCGAGCCGCAAAGAUGUGCUUUUGGCGGCUUCUGAUCUUCUAUAUUGGAUCGAUCUUGGCCAUGGGUGUCAUUUGCCCAAGCGAUGCUUCAGGCCUCACGUCAGGCUCGGGUGUCGCAGCCUCACCAUUUGUGAUUGCCAUCCGAACCGCCGGUAUCCAUGGGCUUGAUAGCGUCAUCAAUGCUGUGAUCAUCACAUCGGCCUUGUCAUCUGGAAACUCUUACCUUUUCAUGUCCAGUCGAUCACUUUAUUCAUUGGCUGUAGCCGGUGGGGCACCAAAGAUUUUCACUCGUUGCAACCGCUACGGCCUUCCCUAUUAUGCGGUGAUGGCAAGUUCUCUUUUCGCAUUUCUCUCCUAUAUGAACUGUGCUAGCAGCCCAGCCGCAGUAUUCAAUUGGUUUGUUAGUGUCACAAACACAGCAGGUUUCAUCUCGUGGAUUUGUUGCUGUAUCAUGUUUCAUCGAUUCCGCAAAGCGUGCCGACUCGCCUCGAUCACACCAGCAGAUCUACACUACUCUUCCCGGACUCAGCCAUACCUUGGAUGGGCUGCGACCAUCAUAUUCCCAAUUUUACUGCUGUGCAAUGGAUUCUCUGUAUUCUUCCCGGGACACUGGUCGGUAACGGACUUCCUAGUCGCGUAUAUCGGGCUGUUCGUGUUCCUGGCGAUUUAUCUUAUUCAUCGUCUCGUUCACUGGAAGGAUGCCUGGUUUUUCAAAGCAGAGGAUAUCGAUUUGACAUCAGGGAUAGAGGAAAUCGAGGCGCUUGAAUUUGAAGAGGAAAAUCAAGAGACUGCCAAGGAGAAAUCUAAAGCAAGGAAAAUACUUCGCCUAUUAUGGGAGUAA